ACUGCUACAUGCUCCGAGACACGUGGAAUCAGCAAUGCUCCCGCGUUGUUCGCGUGAUAGAUGGAAUCAUGGAAAUCGUUCUUUCUCCUGGAACCGCAUGAACUUCACCAAAAUCUCGGAUUUCCCUUGUUUGGACGAUUAGUUGGAUGUUGUGGAAUUCGGAUAUGCUGGAGUCUGGAUCAAUACUGGCCAAUUAUGCAAUCCGGAUUUCCUGCCCACAGUUAUCUAGCAGCGUUUAAUUGCAUCACACAUCCCAUCUUGUAUUGCAGUGUGCUGUCGGUAGGGUGUGGGCAGAGAAAGUGAGUAGGAAAUUUGGUUAGAUAGAUUUGUUCACCUCCUUAGUUUAAAAGAAUGGACAGAUCAGGCGCUGACGAGAUCAGAGUGUCAACAGGUAGUUUGUAUUGAGAUAGAUUUGUUCACCUCCUUAGUUUAAAAGAAUGGACAGAUCAGGCGCUGACGAGAUCAGAGUGUCAACAGGUAGUUUGUAUUGAAAUUUUGGUACUGUGAUCAAACAGAUUCGUCGUCAUUCGACUGACUGACUGACCUGCGUCUACGCGAUAAAAUUCCGACAAAUUGUACCAUUCACUUCGACCCCAAUUUUCUUCAGUGCGAAUCCUCAGUACCCAUUUCAUCCCAUCAAAACCAUAGAGAGUUUGUUAUUUUCUAUAUACAUAUAUAUAUAUAUAUAUAUAUGUAGAGAGAAGGACCUUUCUUUUUUGAUCAGCUUCGGAGCUUUUCCUUCUCUUCAUCUAUCUUUGCUCACAAUCCAACUUGAUUGGGUUCUCUAGACGUAAUAAAUUGAGAGCCCAUCGUCAGAGAUCCUUCUACUAUCGUCAUUUGAUGAGGGUACAUAUUGGGUUCCGGGAGGAGGAGAAGGAGAAGAGGAAGAGGAAAUGAAGUUCUGUAAGAAGUACCAGGAGUACAUGCGAGCACAGGAUGAAAAAUUGCCUGUGGUUGAAUUCAAGAAGCUUAAGAAGAUUCUGAAGAAGUGCAGGAAGGAUUUUCAAUUACGCCAAAGUAGCGAUGAGGUCCUUGAUGUUUCCUCAUGUCCCCAAAAAUGCCCAGUUUGCGAUGGGACCUUCUUUCCCUCCCUUCUCGAGGAAAUGUCUGAAAUCAUGGGCUGUUUUAACAAGCGUGCACAGAAAUUGCUUGAUCUACACCUAGUCUCAGGUUUCCGAAAGUACAUUAUGUGGUUUAAAGGCAAAAGACAAGGUAACCAUGUUGCUUUGAUUCAAGAAGGGAAGGACCUGGUAGCCUAUGCCAUGAUCAAUGCUAUUGCCAUUAGAAAAAUCCUAAAGAAAUAUGACAAGAUUCAUUACUCUAAGCAAGGGCAGACCUUCAAGUCGCAAGCUCAAAGUAUGCAUAUUGAGAUCCUUCAAUCUCCUUGGCUUUGUGAGUUGAUGGCUUUCCACAUUAACUUAAGGGAAACCAAGCCCAAGUCCCAAGCAGUGGUAGGGUUGUUUGAAGACUGUUCUCUCACAUUCGAUGAUGGCAAACCAUCACUCUCUUGUGCACUAUUUGAUUCUGUGAAGCUGGAUAUUGAUCUGAGUUGUUCUAUAUGCUUGGAGACAGCUUUUGAUCCAGUGUCUCUCACUUGUGGUCAUAUCUUCUGUUACAUGUGUGCUUGCUCUGCUGCAUCAGUGACCACUGUAGAAGGACUAAAGGAAGCAGAUGUUAAAGCUAAAUGUCCACUAUGUCGACAGGCAGGGGUUUACGAAGAUGCUAUACAUUUGGAGGAGCUUAGCAUUCUAUUAAGUCGAAGCUGCCAUGAUUAUUGGGAGCAACGUUUAAAGACAGAAAGAAAAGAGAGGAUUCGACAGGCAAAGGAGCACUGGGAAUCUCAAUAUAGAGCUUUCAUGGGUGUCUAAUUGAAAACUUCAAAUGUCAAAGUGAACUCAAUUUCUGUAGCGGUAACUUACUUGUAGAGCUUUAAGAACAAGAAUCAGGUCAUUGGUUCCUCAGUUUCAAUGGGAACAUGAACCAUGUGGCCAAAGUUGAACGGAUGGUCGUAGCUUAGGCUACGGCAUAAGUGAACGACAGGUGGGCUAAGAGAAUUGUGUUCUGAUUCAUUGAAAACUACAUGUAAUUUGGUAUUCAGUUUCAGAAAAAACUACAUGUGGGAAUGGCUAAUCUUCUGAUCAUCAAAGUGACCUGGAGAAGAAUCUGUUUGUUGCACACUUGCACUUUGUUUUUGAUAACCAAGGUCUUGAACUUUGGUAGUGAUGGUUGUAAAGCUUUGUUUGGUUCUGAUUUUGAAUUAGAUUAUUGGAUUUGAAGGGUUUUCUUAGA